AACUGUUUUAACUAACUGUACUUUUUUAAGGUGAAGAGUAAUGUAACUGAAAUGCACCUAACGCCAUCAUUGUAGCAUUGCACUACAACAUGGUGUACAAUCGUUUUCUCGGUUAUGUCAAUGUCAUACGCUUUUCUGUCACUAGGGAGAGAUGUUUGGAACCCUCAAACACACACACACACACACACACACUACGUCCCGCCACAGCAGUCUCACUCACUGCAGCACCGUCCCGUCACGGGAUGGAUGAACCGCACUCGUCACGUCAGGGGCUGGUGCUGGGAAACGGUCCCGGCGGGGGCGCGCACAUGCACGGGCUGUUCACGGACGCGGAGACCGGGCAGGUCACAUACUGUCUGGAACUGACGGACAGCUGCCUCGCGGUCCAGAGGAUUACCUUUACUCCUUCAUCACCAGAGCGACUGGACCUGCGCGACUGCGCCGGGAGCCGCGCGUACCUGGGAGAGAGCGACCGGAGCGCGUAUCUGUGCGCGUAUUUCUACCCGUACCGCUACCGAUGGAUGGCUUCGAGUCCAGUCCGGCGCAGGGACGAGCGGCGCUUUCGGCUCGAGCUCAACGCAGAUGAUGAUAAUGAUGAUGCGCAAGCUAACCUGCGCGAGGCGGAGCGUUGGGCUCGAGCCAUCCGAGGCAACAGCGCGCGCUGCGCCGGACACGCAAGCGGUGUGUUGUUUUCUGAGGGUCUUCGCUCAUGUGGUGUGAUGGUAUUGGUCAAUCCUCAGAGUGGGUGGGGUCAAGCAACGGCUCUCUACAACAGUCACAUCCAACGGAUGCUCACAGAGGCGGAUAUACCCCACACACUGGUCAUCACAGAGAGACAGAAUCACGCACGGGAGAUGGUGAGAAACGCUGACCUGACGCAGUGGGAUGCUUUAGUUAUUCUGUCUGGAGACGGGCUGCUCUUUGAGGUGGUGAACGGUCUAAUGGACAGGCCGGAUUGGGAGAAGGCCAUCCAGACUCCUGUGGGAAUUCUGCCGGGAGGUUCUGGAAAUGCACUCGCUGCAUCUGUUCAUCAUUACACACGAAAGCCUCAGGUGUGGGGUGAAGAUCUGUUGGUGAGCUGUGGGUUUGUGCUCUGUAAGGGUUUGACCUCUAAACUGGACCUGAUCUCCGUCCAUCUGUCCUCCGGCGUCCGUCUGUUCUCCUUCCUCUCCAUCGCCUGGGGCUUCGUGGCCGACGUCGACAUCGAGAGCGAGCAGUUCCGUCUCAUCGGCCCUUUUCGCUUCAUCGUGGGCACGCUGGUCCGUCUGGCGUCUCUGAGGACCUACCGCGGUAAACUGGCGUUUCUCCCCGCUACAGACAAUCUGGAGACGGAUGUGUCACAAGCACAACAGACGCACAAUAACCGAGCAAGCAAUAAGAGCUCUGAGCACAAUCCCUCUGAACACAAGCGUCUGGUGGAUCAUCUCCUCGUGCCGCUGGAUCAGCCUGUUCCUCAGAGCUGGACGGUGGUGGAGGAGCAGGAGUUUGUGCUGGUUGUAGCCAUGUUUCAAUCAUAUUUGGGUGAGGAUUGGUUGGUGGCUCCCAGCGCUUUUACAGACGACGGCGUGAUUCAUCUGUUUUACAUGACGGCCGGUAUCUCUCGGCCCACUCUGCUCAGACUCUUCCGGGCCAUGCAGAGCGGGACGCACAUGGAGUGCGGGUGUCCUCAUCUGGUGUACAGACGGGCGAGGGCUCUGAGACUGGAGCCGGAGACCCGGCCGGGUAUCAUCACCGUGGACGGGGAGCAGGUGGAAUACGGACCCUUGCAAGCGCAGGCACAUCGGGGAGUGGCCAGACUCAUUACCGGAUGACCUUUGACCUCCACGAGCUUUUCUUCAGCUGUUUAGAAAUACAGGAAUAACGUUAGAAGAAACGCAUACAGUAUAGAACCGCACAACCUGUUAAAGUUUGACAUUUGAUUAGAAACAUUACCUGAAUGAAUCUCACCAAAACAUGUCUGCGUCACAUUUCCCCCCGAUAUUGAAAUAAACGAAAAUACAUUUAUUAUGAAAAAAACGUACAACUUUUUUUACCCUUACACAAUAAAAGAAUACUUUAGGAAGCACUGUUUUCAGCUUAUAAAUGUUGUAAAUUUGGAGUACUAGUUUACCAGAUUUCUUUCUGAGAAGUAAAUAAAAUUAGAUUGAAAGUUUACUUUCUUAUUUUUAGUUGAAAAGGAGACUAAAAGCACACGUGCAUAAACUUCUUCGUUUGAAAUAGUACGAAUGUUAUUUUAUUCGUGGUGAAAUAUGUGACCUGGACGUGCUUGGGAGCUUCAUCUUCGGUCUGGUGUCUCCGGGUGCUUGUGUUACGCUGGAAUUUCUGUCGGUGCAUCAAUCUUGAAUUUCAGAAGUGCCAAUGUUAAACAAAAUGAUGUAGUUGUUUAUUUUUCUACAGUAAAGCAAAACGUGUCAUGUUUGUGGUUAUUCAAGAUUGCUGGAUUUGGUGUGAUUGUCAGCAUAUGUCUGGAUGUGUGCGUGAGGUCAGUAUACUGUAUGAUGUCAUCAUGCGUGAUGCUACACUACACAAUCAGACUCCAGGACUGAUCAUGUGACACAAAACAUGCCAAGGAUGCUCAUGAUUAUUCCUGCAAGUCAAAUCAUGGGAACACACGUGCAAAAUUCAUUUACUGUGACAAUUUCCCUCCUAUGUUUCAUAUUCUGGAUGAAUGUUAAUGCUGGACUACAACACUACUCUACAACAACCUGCCCUUGUAAUACAGCACUACGCUCUUUCUAUCAUUUACUGCAACUAAAAGGUUUCUGACAUUUUCUUUUUGACCUGCGAAAGCUUAGUAGAUUUCUCUAGAAUUGUAAUGUUCAAAAAUCUCAAUUGCUGUCAAAAUUUAAGAUUCAUAUACAAUCCUGUUGUAAAGAAAAAAAAUGCUUUCUUACUUAGUAUUGUUUUUUGUUUUUUUAAAUCGCAUUUUUAAAUCAAGAUAUUCUUAAAGUGAUAGAUUACCCACAAAAGAGAAAUCUAUUCACCCUGAAUAUGAGUAUGAGUUUCUCUUUUCUUUUUUUUGAAGAAUGUUCAUAACUAAAUAAUACUGAACCCCAUUGACUUUCAUUGUAUGAACACAAAACCACAUUUUCAAAUUCUUAAAAUAUUCUUAUUUUUAAUGCUUAAAAAGAAAAAAUAACUGGCGAUAGGCUAAAGAUAUCUUGUUUUCCCUUUGAAUAAAAUGUAUUAUUACUUACCCAUUGGCUUAUUUCUUCGUGUAAAUAUAAAAUUUAAUUUAGAUCAAUUUUUGACUCAAUAUCUCAGGCAUUUUGCUUUUUAAAUAAAUGUAUCUUGAUUUAAGAAUGUUUAGACAUUUGUACUGGAAAACAACAAAAAUCAUGAGUAAAAACAUUUUUUUUUGCAGUUACACCACCAUUUUUUCUGUGCUUGCUCAGGCUGGUUUAUGAUGGUUUGGUGCUGGUCUGGUUGGUAUUUCUGGGCGUAAAAUCCAGUCCGUCACAGGGCUGUAACAUUAUUGUGCUUUAUAAACUAACAGCAAAUACAGACAGGAGAUGAAAUGUUUAAAGCCAUAGAGAGCUGUUUUAAACUACAUUGUAGGAAACAUUUUUUGCUGCCUUAAACUUUUACUGUACGUAGUUUAAUUUUAUUCAGUUUUAGAAAUAAGUUGAAGCUGAUUUUGAUGAGUUGGAGUGAUGUAAAGACAUUUAAACAGUUGAACUUAUCUUUAAAGCCAGUUUGAUUUUACUUAAUUGUUACAGUGUACCCAAACACACAAGACUGAUAAACAAAAACCUGUCUGAUAAUGAGACUUGAAUGAGAUUUGAAGAUGUUUUUUGUCAGUGGGGAUUAGUGAAGGGUCAUUAAAAUCUUAGUCUGUGGGUCUGAUAAUUCUUGUCUGAAUACAUACUAUAUUAUUUUUUAUUGAUGAGAGGUUUUAUGGUUAUCAUUUUUGCACAAUGUCUGACAUGAAGUGAAUUCCGCAGCAAAAUGUUACAAUCUAAAAUGAAGGUGCUUUGAUUUGUUUCAGAUUCUUCAAUAGUUACAUAAAAUUGCUGGACUGCUGUUUCAAUAGCACAAUGCGUGUACUUGAGAUCUGUAUAUAAAUGCAUUCUAUUUUUUCCAAAGUCAUGGGUUAUUAAUAAACUUUGUGAUAAAACACAUUCAUGUUUGUGUACUUAAACUCUUACCUGUAAAAAAAACUGUGUACA